AUGAGGAAAAACAGCUCCACGAAGUAUCAUGUGGGUGAAGGUGAGAAGAUGACACCCGCUGUUGUGUUCAUUGACGAGAUUGACUCCCUGCUUACACAGAGAACAGAUGGGGAAAAUGAGGCCUCGCGUAGAAUCAAGACAGAGUUUCUGGUGCAAUUGGAUGGUGCAUCUACUAGCUCUGAUGAUAGAAUUCUUGUUAUUGGUGCUACCAAUAGGCCGCAGGAAAUAGAUGAGGCAGCCAGACGACGGUUUGUAAAGCGGCUAUACAUCCCACUGCCAGAGACAGAGGCCAGAAGGUCCAUCAUCACUAACCUGCUUCGACAGCAGGAGUAUGCACUGUCAGACCGGGAUCUAGACCACAUAUGUACACAUACGGAUGGAUUCUCCGGUGCAGACAUGGCCACUCUGUGUCGGGAGGCUGCCCUGGGACCCAUACGUGACAUGUCCUUUGGGGACAUGAGAACAUAG